GGAAAACACAGAGUUGAGCACAAGCAAUCAGCACAAGACGCACAAGCAACCGGAUCCAUCUCCUUCCCUCUCGAAGACUCGUUUAUUGGUUACGCUUACUGGAGAUUUUUUCAGACCAAACCGCCCGUUACGUUUCGGGUGCUCAGUAGUACUUAUACUGUGCAAUAACGCAGUGGGACUUUGACAUUUUGGAAAUGGAGCUGAAUACCAUCAAAGAUGCUUUCGAUAGGGUGACAAAGAAGCAAAAACUGUCAUCUUCUAAAACUCAAGAAAUAAUAGCACAAAUUGGCCAAGAAAUAGAACAAGCCAUAUCUAAUAUGCAAAAUGACCCCUCUCUUGCUAAUCACAAGCUGAUCCUUUCUGAGCUGAAGACCAAGUUGAAGGAAAUUGCUCCAUUAAAUCAUCUGGAAGGCACACAAAAAGAACUAAAUAUUGCAUUAAGCAAGUACCCAAAGAUCCUUGAAAAAAUUUUCAAUCCUGAUAUAUCAAAGGCCUAUAGAAAUGUUGAUUUUGACAUACAUACAGUCAACCAGAUAAUUGCCAGCCAUUUCUAUAGGGAGGGCCUCUUUGAUCUAGGUGAUUGUUUUGUAAAUGAGUCCAGGGAACCAGAAGCUGCAGCAAAUAAAUCUCCUUACUUGGAAAUGUAUCAAAUCCUUGAGGCCAUGAGAUGUCGGAACCUGCAACCUGCUUUGAGUUGGGCUGCUAAUAACCAAGAAAAACUUAAAAAUUGUGGGUCUGAUAUUGAAAUGAAGCUUCACCGCCAGCAUUUUGUGGAAAUAUUGCAAAACAGAGGUAGAGAUGAGGCACUAAACUAUGCUAGAACUUUCUUCCCACCAUUUGCUACCAAAUACAUGGCAGAAAUCCAGAAGCUAAUGGCCUGUCUUUUGUGGGCUGGGAGACUUGAUUCCUCACCAUACUCUGAUUUGUUAUCCCCUAAGCAUUGGGAAAAAUUGGCUGAGGAUCUCACCAGGCAGUUCUGCAAUCUCAUAGGUCAAUCCUAUGAGAGUCCACUGAGUGUGACGAUUGCAGCUGGAGUCCAGGGGCUGCCAACCCUCUUGAAACUGAUGAAUGUAAUGACAGCAAAAAAGCAGGAAUGGCAAUCUAUGAAGCAGUUACCUGUACCUGUGGACUUAGACAGAGAGUUCCAGUUCCACUCUCUCUUUGUAUGUCCUGUGAGCCGGGAUCAAGCAACUGAAGAGAAUCCACCGAUGUUGUUGUCAUGUGGACACGUGCUCUGCAAGCAGUCUAUAACAAAACUAUCCAAAAAUAACAGCACGCGACCCUUCAAGUGCCCUUACUGCCCAUCAGAGGUUGAAGUAGGUCAGUGUAGGCAAUUGUAUUUCUGAUAUGAUUUUAGUAUCUCUUGCUUCCUUCCACCCUUUCCAUGUGUUCUAUUUUAUGAACUCAAUUGGUGUUCUACUUGUGACACUAUAUUUGCUUAGUCUUUGGGUUGUUCUCAUGUUGUGUACUUUUCCGUAAAUUGGUUGUAAAUAGAAAAUUCUUUGUCAUUAAAUGUGGGUAUGUUAAAAGUCUGCUUCCUUUAUGUUUGAA